CAGUUACGUGGACCGCUGAUCAUAUGGAACACGCUGCUGGCGAUGUUCAGCAUAAUGGGCGCCGCUCGUACCGCGCCGGAACUGUUGCACGUGCUGCGUCAUUACGGGCUAUUCCAUUCGGUCUGUGUGCCCAGCUACAUUGAACAAGAUCGCGUGUGCGGUUUCUGGACCUGGCUCUUUGUGCUGAGCAAACUGCCCGAACUGGGCGAUACGAUAUUCAUAGUGUUGCGCAAACAGCCGCUGAUCUUCCUGCACUGGUAUCAUCACAUCACGGUGCUGAUCUACUCGUGGUUCAGCUAUACGGAAUACACUAGUUCCGCACGCUGGUUCAUAGUUAUGAACUACUGUGUGCAUUCGGUUAUGUACAGCUAUUAUGCACUGAAGGCGGCCCGAUUCAAUCCGCCGCGAUUCAUCUCGAUGAUCAUCACGUCGCUGCAGCUAACGCAAAUGAUAAUUGGCUGUGCAAUUAAUGUGUGGGCAAACGGAUUCCUGAAGACGCACGGCACACAAUCGUGCAAUAUAUCGCAGCGCAACAUCAAUCUAUCGAUCGCCAUGUACUUCAGCUAUUUUGUGCUGUUCGCGCGCUUCUUCUACAAGGCGUACCUGUCGCCCGGCGGACACAAGAGCCGGCGCAUGGCCGCCUCCCUGGUUGCCCAGAAUACAGCCAAGCUGGCCGAUGGACCGACGGCAUCCGUCUCCGAAUCCAGUCUCUCUGGCAAAUAUGUGGGCGAGGAUGCACAGGCUGCCUAUAUGCGCAAGGCCAAGGCGCAGUAGAGCUUUACCACAACCCCCCCUCCACACUACCCCCUCAGCAACCAACUAAAGGCUAAGGACAUUUAUUUAUGCAGUACCGAGGUGUAAAAGUUGUUUUUUAAUUUUAAAAAAAGGCCCGACACAAACAGCUCGAGCCAGACAGCAGACGCGCACACGAGGGGCGUUCGAUAAAUUUAAUUUUAAGCAUAGAGUUUUACCAGGCGGCUGGCUUACUAAAACAAACACAAAUAUAUACAUAUACAUAAAGCUA